GGUUUACAAAUCACACGGAGAGGAUUUCAGACCCUCAGUCUGAUGAGGUCCCGUCGGGCCUCUCCCUCUGCGGCCACACUCUGAGGCUGGCUUCCUGGGGAGCCUUUGCAACGGGAGAGCGCUGUUCCCGGAAAAUUCACGAAUCGUGAGGGUAAAAGUUAUAGCUGGAAUAAGCCUUGCCAAGAAGGAUAUCUUGGGAGCUAGUGAUCCCUAUGUGAGAGUGACGUUAUAUGACCCAAUGAAUGGAGUUUUUACAAGUGUGCAAACGAAAACCGUUAAAAAGUUAUGUUUAUUAUCUUUUAGACUUUGAAUCCGAAGUGGAAUGAAGAAAUAUUAUUCAGAGUACACCCUCAGCAGCACCGGCUUCUUUUUGAAGUGUUUGAUGAAAACCGAUUGUGCAGCUGCUUCUAGCCUGUCUACGGCCAGAGAUCUUUGUUAUGACUUUCAGCCCUUAACAUGCUUGGAAAUGAGAACAAAUGGCACAAAGCUUACGAUUGCACUUUGCAGCCAGAAGAAGCAAUACUUACCCUUUGUCAGAAAGCUCUGGAGAUGAUUUGGAGAGCAAUGUUCACAUGUGCUUCAGGAGACCAACACGGAUUUCAGCGUCUAACGUGGUUCAGAUGAAGCUGACUCCCCGACAGGCUGCACUGGCUCCUUUAGUAAAGUCUCAGGAAAGAUCGUCUGAAAAUGUUAAUAAAAAGAGCAGCUGUCUACAGAUUUCACUACAGCCAGCAAGGUACAGUGGAUGUCUUCAGUCUAGCAAUGUCUUAACCGAUGGUAAUGACGCCUCCCUUACUUGUGUCUUGAAGGAAGGCACUGACAGCAAUACUGUGGUUGAUCAUGAACUGAGUGCUGUCUGUAGUGGUAGCCUUAGUAACUUUUUAGCCAGUGAUAACGGGUCUUACAGCAGCAAUGGUAGUGAUUACGGGUCGUGUACAAGCAUCACGAGUGGAGGCUCGUACACUAACAGUGUCAUCAGUGACAGCAGUGGCUGUACUUUUCCACCAAGCGAUGAUCCUUUUUUUGGUGGAAACUUAUCUUCUGAGACCACGUCCAGUAGGAGUGUGCCAGACAGGAACCCUACUCCAUGUGAUGUUUUCUCAAGAAGUAUGAGCACAGUUCCCUUUGUCCAGGAUGACCUGGACCAUGGGAUAGAGAUUAUGAAGUUGCCGGUGAGCAGGAACUCCAAAAUUCCACUGAAACGUUGUUCCUCCUUAGUUGUUUUUCCUAGGAGUCCUUCAAAUACCCCACCAACUUCUCCAACAAGUACAGGCACUCUUUCAAGCAAAGGAUCCUAUCAGACUUCACACCAGUUUAUUAUUUCUCCCAGUGAAAUUGCGCACACUGAAGAUGGUACUGCUGCUAAGGGAUUUCUUUCAACGGCUGUCAAUGGACUGCGGUUAUCUAAAACAACUUGUGCUCCUGGAGAAGGGAGAGACAUAAGGCCACUUCACAAAAAGGGCUCGUUACAGAAGAAAAUGGUUAUUUCAAGUAAUAGUCCAAAGCAGACUGUCUGCGAAGAGUCACCCGAUGGAUAUUCUUGUGUUUCAGUGCAUUUCACCCAACAGAAAGCAACUACGUUUGAUUGUGAAGCAGCAAACGGUGACUGUCAACCAGAGAUGUCAGAAAUGAACCGAAAUUCCGAUUCAGAGUAUACUAAGCUCACGCAUAGGACAUCUGCUUGUCUACAACCCAACCAAAGUACCGAUUAUCAAAUAAAUAUCAGUGGACAGUUGGAAAGACCAAAUUCACAGACAAACAAAAACCAUGCUACUUUACAGAGGAGCAUUUCACUGGGAGGAACUUAUCCAAACGUUUCCUGUUUAUCCAGCCUUAAGCACAAUUGUUCCAAGGGGGGACCAUCUCAAUUACACAUAAAGUUUGCCACUGGAAAUGUAGGUAAAGUUAGUGAUUUAUCCAGAGACGGCAACAGAGAUGUCACAGAUGAACCAUCUCAUUCUUUGAAGCAUUCUCGAAAGACAAGGGACGAUUUCCUAGGUCAAGUGGAUGUUCCUCUGUAUCCAUUACCGACGGAAAAUCCAAGAAUGGAACGACCAUAUACAUUUAAGGAUUUUGUUCUUCACCCAAGAAGUCACAAAUCAAGAGUUAAAGGUCAUCUGAGAUUAAAAAUGACUUAUUUACCUAAAACCAGUGGCUCUGAAGAAGAUAACGCAGAACAGGCUGAGGAACUAGAGCCUGGCUGGGUUGUUUUGGACCAACCAGAUGCUGCUUGCCAUUUGCAGCAGCAACAGGAGCCUCCUCCUCUACCUCCAGGAUGGGAAGAGAGGCAGGAUAUACUUGGAAGGACCUACUAUGUAAACCAUGAAUCUAGGCGGACACAGUGGAAGAGACCAACCCCUCAGGACAACCUGACAGACGCUGAGAGCGGUGACAUACAACUGCAAGCACAGCGUGCUUUCACCACCAGGCGGCAAAUAUCCGAGGAAACAGAAAGUGUUGACAACCGAGAUUCUUCUGAGAACUGGGAGAUUAUAAGAGAAGACGAAGCCACCACGUAUAGCAGUCAGGCCUUCCCAUCGCCUCCAUCAUCAAGUAACCUGGAUGCUCAGACUCGUCUUGCAGAAGAAUUGAAUGCCAGACUCCCUGCUUGUGGAAGUUCAGCCACCAGCCAGCCAGUCUCCAGCUCAAAUCAUUCCAGCAGAAGAAGCAGCUUACAAGCCUACACUUUUGAGGAACAGCCUGCACUGCCAGUGCUUUUGCCUACUUCAUCUGGACUACCACCAGGUUGGGAAGAAAAACAAGAUGAAAGAGGAAGACCAUAUUAUGUAGAUCACAAUUCCAGAACUACCACCUGGACAAAACCCACUGUACAGGCUACGGUGGAGACCAGUCAGCUGCCAUCCAGCCACAGCUCCUCUGCGAGCCCACAACCACAGCCCCCCACCAGCGAUUCAGCACAGCAGGUGACCCAGCCUUCUGGAAUUGAGCACCGAUUCCUUCCUGAGGGCUGGGAAAUCCGGCAUGCGCCCAACGGAAGGCCUUUCUUCAUUGACCACAACACCAAAACCACCACCUGGGAAGAUCCAAGAUUGAAAAUUCCACCUCAUCUGAGAGGAAAGACAUCACUUGAUCCUUCUAAUGACCUGGGGCCGUUACCUCCAGGAUGGGAAGAGAGAACUCACACAGAUGGAAGAAUCUUCUACAUAAAUCACAAUAUGAAAAGAACACAGUGGGAAGACCCUCGGUUGCAGAAUGUAGCAAUAACUGGACCAGCAGUGCCCUACUCCAGGGAUUACAAACGAAAAUAUGAGUUCUUCCGAAGAAAGUUGAAGAAGCAGAAUGACAUUCCAAACAAAUUUGAAAUGAAACUUCGCCGGGCAACUGUUCUGGAGGACUCUUACAGAAGAAUCAUGGCUGUUAAGAGAGCAGACUUCCUCAAGGCCAGACUGUGGAUUGAGUUUGAUGGUGAAAAGGGGUUGGAUUACGGAGGAGUCGCCAGGGAAUGGUUCUUCCUGAUCUCAAAGGAGAUGUUUAACCCUUAUUAUGGGUUGUUUGAAUACUCUGCCACGGAUAACUAUACCCUACAGAUAAAUCCAAACUCUGGACUGUGUAAUGAAGACCACCUCUCUUACUUCAAGUUCAUAGGCCGGGUGGCUGGAAUGGCAGUCUAUCAUGGCAAGCUGUUGGAUGGUUUUUUAAUCCGGCCAUUUUACAAGAUGAUGCUACAAAAACCAAUAACACUCCAUGAUAUGGAAUCAGUGGAUAGUGAAUAUUACAAUUCACUAAGAUGGAUUCUUGAAAAUGACCCAACAGAACUGGACCUCAGGUUUAUCAUAGAUGAAGAACUUUUUGGACAGACACAUCAACAUGAGUUGAAAAAUGGUGGAUCGGAAAUAGUUGUCACCAAUAAGAACAAAAAGGAAUAUAUUUAUCUUGUAAUACAAUGGCGAUUUGUAAACCGAAUACAGAAGCAAAUGGCUGCUUUUAAAGAGGGGUUUUUUGAACUAAUACCACAGGAUCUCAUCAAAAUUUUUGAUGAAAAUGAACUAGAGCUUCUCAUGUGUGGAUUGGCAGAUGUGGAUGUGAAUGACUGGCGAGAACACACCAGGUACAAGAACAACUACAGUGCAGGCCAUCAGGUCAUACAGUGGUUCUGGAAGGCUGUUUUAAUGAUGGAUUCAGAAAAAAGAAUAAGAUUACUUCAGUUUGUCACUGGCACAUCCCGUGUACCUUUGAAUGGAUUUGCUGAACUAUGUGGUUCAAACGGACCACAGUGUUUUACAGUUGAACAGUGGGGUACCCCUGACAAGCUGCCAAGAGCUCAUACCUGCUUCAAUCGCUUGGACUUGCCACCAUAUGAAUCAUUUGAAGAAUUAUGGGAUAAACUUCAGAUGGCAAUUGAGAACACUCAGGGUUUUGAUGGGGUUGAUUAGAUACGCGUUAACGAUCUAUGAUGUUUUAUUGCCACAAUUUCUGUAAGCAAAAUCUCAACUUAAAUUUUCCAGGGAACUACUAAAAACUUGGCCGUUGACUCUUCCCAGAUACUUGAGAAAGUGAUAUACAAGCAUUAGGAGGCACUGUGUGACAACGUAACCAUUAUUUCAGUCACUUUGAAACACCGCAGUACAUUGACACGGCUGUUUCACUCUUAGAGUCCACCAGGCAGGGUACACAAGUCCUGUGUCCCCGAAGUAGUGAGUUUUGUUCUCAACAUUUACCUCUUUGACAGCAUUUGCCAGGCAGUUCUUUCUUUAACUACUGAAAUUCUAACUGUGAAAUAUUUGUGAUAAGUGUUAUGUGUGAAAAGUUUCAUACUUCUUGAGAAGAAAAACUGAAAUUUGGAGAAAAAAUAAUUUACUAUUGAGUAAACAGCAAUCUAUUUAGUGCUGCUUUCAGCUAUUUGUUAUUACAUUGACAUGCCUAACGCACCUUCUGCCCAGAUUUUAGGAGAAACCAUGUAAAGUGUGUUACCUGUACUUUUAGUCAACUGACUCAACUGCAGAAAACUGUUUACUUCAUUUUAAAAGUAUUUAACUUUUGUUAAUAUGUAGUUUUACUCAACAGUGAUUCAUAAGAUACGUGAAGCAAAUUCAAAACUGCAAUGAGUGACAAGUGUUAAAGCCUUCCUCUUGCCUGUGUAUCCUGUGGCUCAGUGACACAGUUAUCACUUGUUCCUGUUUGUGUAGUGAGAAGAACUCCUUCUUCAAGCACUAAACGAAAGCUCCACAAAGCAGUGUUUCUAAGUGAGCUUUGAAGGACAGAGCUCACCUUUACUAGUCAUUCUUUACGCUCGCACAGUUACGUAGUAAAUACAUGUUUACAGGGUUUACUAUGUUUACAGACUAAGCCAAUUUCUCUAGUUGCUUUUUUAUAUUUUUAGUACUUCACUUUAGUAAAAAAAAAAAAAAAAAAAUUUGUUAAAAAAUAGCCAAAGAGUAGUUAUAACGCAUAAUUUGUAUUAAAUUUAUUACCAUGUUUCUUAUGCUUUUUAAAAAUACUGUUUACUAUGAAAGUGAAGUUUUGUUACAAAUCCAAAACUCUUUAGCAAAAUGCUACAGGUAGAAUCCAACUUCAGCCAAACCAAUGUACAGAAAAACCGUAUGUGCACAUUCAACAAACGUGUGCUGAAUGCUUGCUGUGUGCAUGGCACUGGGCUAGGCCCCCGGAGUAAGAGGUGGCACUGGGCUAGGCCCCUGGAGUAAGAAGUGGCACUUGGUUAGGCCCCUGGAGUAAGAGGCAGCACUGGGCUAGGCCCGUGGAGGAAGAAGUGGCACUGGGCUAGGCCCUUGGAGUAAGAGGUGGCACUGGGCUAGGCCCCUGGAGUAAGAAGUGGCACUCAGUUAGGCCCCUGGAGUAAGAGGCGGCACUGGGCUAGGCCCAUGGAGUAAGAAGUGGCACUGGGUUAGGCCCCUGGAGUAAGAGGCCUCAGCUUCAGAAAAGCAGCUCGGUCUCCAUUCCCCAGGAACUGCAAAUGUGUAUGUGAAUUUGUAAACAGUCACAAGUGGGAGUGAGCAGAAUAAGGCAAAAGGGGAAGUGUUGUAGGUUCCAAUGCACCUGCAAAGGUAAACUGUGCCAAGACUGUAUUUAUUCCUAGUUUCUUACCUAUAUUGAAAUAAUUAUAUGAAUAGAGAAUGCUCUUGAAAAAAAUUAAACCUAUUUCCCAAUAUAGUAUCUUGGUAAUUUAGAAAUAUAUUUUAAAAAUACAUGUUAUGAAUCUUCUUAAA